GUAUAUUUUAUUUUUGAUUUUCCUGUUUAUAAAACAAAAACGAAACCAUAAUCCACACCAGCAAAGGAAAUUCAUGUUUUUUUUGGAGGACACAUCUUACAAAAUAAAACCCUAAACCCCUUUUUAAAUCUGAAUCAUUCUCUGCCCCGCCCAGUUACAUCUUAACAUCGUUUUUCAAGAACAUUUUCAUUUUCAUGGCUGGCGAUCCAAUAACAUGAGCGACUGUACUAGCCCACUUUCUUUCUCUCGAACUACCUCUAAUCUCCCCAGCCAAAAUGACCUCCUCUGCCCAACACUUCCUCAGAACGCCACUUUCCCACAUGUUAUCUGCAAGACUACUCUGUGGUUUUCACAGGAUUCAAUCCCCACACAUAGCCAUAUUACGUUCCAUAUCAACAACACUCGAUACCAAUGAGGCAGCUGGAGCUGCUCAGAUCGUAUUGCAAUCGACGGAAGAUGUGCAAGUCUCAGAAGCUGAAGCGGGUCUCUCAGAAAUUCACGUGGAUGUUUCAGAUAUGCAGGGAGGUCUGACCGAAAGAGUAGUAAAAGAGACAGGCAGGGAAUCGACAAUGGAGACAGACAUCGUCGGCAAGCGCAAACGUAUUAAGAGAGGUAAGCCUCAAAUUCUUGAAAGCCCAGUCGAAACUCUUUGCAAAAUCAUGCAUAGUGGUCCCUGGAGCCCUAGGUUACAAACAAAAAUGUGGAAGGCAGCCCCGACUUUAAGCCAUAAUACAGUCAUGGGUGUUUUGGGUAAGGCCAAAACAUCAAAACUUGCCAUUCGGUUUUUCAGAUGGGCUGAGAGAAACGGGUUCAAACAUGAUAGUUGGACCUAUUUUAAGAUGCUUGAAAUCUUUGGCAGGGCUAAAAAAAUCUGUGCUGCCAGAACCCUCCUGUUUCAGAUGCCUGAGAAGGGGGUUCAGAUGAGAGAUGAUGUUUUUAAUAGCCUUAUUAAGUCCUAUGGCAAGAGUGGAAUUGCGAUGGAGUCUGUUAAGAUGUUUAAGACAAUGAGGGAAAUGGGUGUAAAGCCCACUGUUCUGACAUACAAUAAUUUUUUCUUUGCUUUGAUUAGAAGUGGUAGGACUGACAUGGCCAAGAGGUAUUAUAAUAAGAUGUCGGAGGAUGGUCUGAAGCCUGAUGUUUUUACUUUUAAUAUUCUUAUUAGGGGUUUUUGCCUGAAGGGGAAGUUUGGUUCUGCUCAAAGAUUUUUGAAUGAUAUGAUCAGCUCCGGCAUUAGUCCUACGGUAGUGACAUAUAAUACUCUUCUGGAUGGAUUUUGUAGGGCAGGGAAAUUGGAUGAUGCCCUGAAUGUGGUGAAUGAAAUGAAGGAAAAGGAUAUUUCUCCUGAUGUGGUUACAUAUACAACUUUGAUCAAAGGAUUUUGUAAUGAUAACUCUGUAGACAAAGCCUUAGAGUAUUUUAAGGAGAUGGUCAGCAAAGGAGUGAGUGCCGAUGAGAUUACAUAUAUUACUUUGGUUCCUUGCCUGUGCGAGGCGAAAAGGUUGAAAGAGGCACAAAGACUCUUAAAUGACAUGGUGCAACGUGACAUGAAACCCAGUGCUUCGAUGUUUCAUGCUUUGAUAAGUGGUCAGUGCGAGACAGGCAAUUUGAAAGGGGCAGUGGAGACUUUUGAUCAUAUGUCCCAGUUAAGCGUUUUGGCUGAUUAUGCAACCUAUAAUGUGCUGAUUAUUGGCCUUUUUAAGAGAGGAAGAUUUGAUAAAUCGAUUAAGAUCUUGGAUGAUCUUUUGCAGAAGGGUGUUUUACCUGAUCCUGAAAAAGUUAGCUCUGAGUUCAUAGCGUAUGGUCCUAUGCUCAAACAUCUUUGUGAAAAAGGUAAAACUCAGAAAUCAGAAGAGCUUUUUAGAAAGUUGCUUAAAAGGGGAGAUCCUGAUUCUUCAAUCUUCGAAAAUAUUAUCCUUGGUCAUUGCCAGGAGGGCACACCUGAGGCAGGUUUUGAGCUUCUCAAAAUAAUGGUAAGGAAAAGCCUUGCUGCAAGUGCUGAUAUAUACAAUGGUUUGAUAGAAAGCUAUCUGCAGAAGGGGCAGCCUCCAGAAGCAAGAAGUGUUUUAGAUAAGAUGAUUGAAAGUGGUCACUUGCCUAGUGCUUCUCUAUUCCGCGCUGUCAUUGAAAGUCUCUUUUCAGAUGGUAGAUUUCAGACUGCAAGCAGGGUUAUGAAAACUAUGUUGGAGAAGGAUGUGAAAGAGAAUUUGGAUCUAAUGCCCAUGAUUUUGGGAGUUCUACUUGACCGUGGACACAUGGAAGAAGUCUUAGAUCGCCUUAAUUUGAUGUUUGAAAAGGAUUGCAUUCCUGAUUUUAAUAAACAAAUAGAUGAACUUUGUAAGAAUGGGAAAUCAUCCACGGCUCAGAGAUUGCUAGUAUUUGUUAUGUUCAAGAAAUGUAAUAUAAGUACUGCAACUUAUGAUACUGCUAUCAAUGCUCUUUGCAGUGAUGGCAAACUCGAUGAUGCUGUUCAUCUCUUACGUGGAAUUGUAAAAAAAGGUGGACCACUUAAUCUGAGCUGUUAUGAUACCUUGGUUAGCAGCCUUAAAGAAAAAGGCAAAACAGAAGAUGCAAAAUAUGUUAGAAGGGUUACGGGCAAGAGUGGUGCAGGCAAGAGCUGAAAGCACUGAUGACUAGAUUACAUAAAUUGUAGAAUCACAAGUGUGAUUAGUACUAAUCAUCAGAGGAAAUUGAAUCAGAAUUUUGACUUGGUCUCUUUUCAAGAGAAUCUGUAGAUGCCAUUGCAGGAGAUUGUGGAACAAUAUUCAUUUUUCUUGA